UCACACCGCACGGCAGCCAGGGCGUCGCCUGACUAUAAAAUCUCUGCUGCGCUUAUUCCCAACUUCUGAACAUUCCCACCUCUGCUCUGACGACCACGUCCCAGCCCUGCACGUCGAAACACACUCCCAGCAACCAUGCCUUCAGAACUGGAAACCGCCAUGGAGUCACUCAUCAAGGUGUUCCACCGCUACGCCUCUAAAGAGGGCCGGACCGGCACACUCAACCGACGAGAGCUCAGAGAGCUGAUGGAGAACGAGCUGUCUAACUUCCUCAAGUCUCAGAAGGACCCUGCUGCUGUCGACAAGAUCAUGAAGGACCUGGACACCAACGGUGAUGGCCAGGUGGACUUUGAGGAGUUUGUUUCGCUGGUUGUCGGACUUUCCAUUGCCUGUGAGCAGUGCUAUCAGAUGCACAUGAAGAAGACUGGAAAGAAGUAAAAGAUGACAGCAGAAGAGAGGAGAAGAAACCAAAAAGAAUAUCAAUUUUUGUAAAGAUAGUUUUGUCCAUUAAAUAUACUGAAGAAUUUCAAA